UAAAGAUUCAGGAGCAGUUUGAUAUACCGCCGAAUUAUGCAAGCAGUCUAAUUGAAUAUUAAUAAGAUGAUGAAUAUUCAUGAUCGUUGCCGCUUCCGCGAUGGAGAUUCUGGGCCCGAAUAAGAUGACUCCCCGAUGAAUGAGCACCAAAUGGCAUCGAAAAGAACUGACACCAUAACAUGGUACCAGAGAAAGAUUGGAGCAUAUGAUCAGCAGAUCUGGGAAAGGUCCAUUGAACAAACUGAGAUUAAGGGACUGCGAAGCCGGCCAAAGAAAACGGGCCGAAUAAAAAUUGACCUGAUUGACGUCGACCUUGUCAGAGGGUCAACGUUUGUCAAGGCCAAGCCAGAGAGUCCCUGGACCUCUCUAACUCGGAAGGGAAUAGUGCGAGUCUUGUUUUUCCCAUUUUUCUAUCAGUGGUGGAUCCAGGUAACCUCACUGGGUACCUUCACAUGGCUACUGGCUCUCUACCUCUUGGAAGCGGUGACGAUUGGUCUGUAUUCGCUGGAGCCAGUCUUGUACGUGAGUGAGAUUGUGAGCCCGAUGCUUCUGAUGCUGCUGCUGGGGACAGUUCACUGUCAGAUCGUCUCCACACAGCGAAACACUCCAUCACCUACUAACGGAAGCAGAUGCAGGAGCUGCUUCUUCCUCAGGGCAAAGCAGACAAAAAGCCUAUCAAGGAAAGUUGGACGAUGCAACUCAGGCUCUGGAUCCCAUGCCGGAAGAGGUGCUCACUGUCGCUCUAGAAGCCGGGUCUCCGAUGAGAAUUCCAGUGAGGACACGGAGAGUCAGUCACGACGGAUGCUCCUUCAGAAAAGCAGAGAAGCAGCUUUGAACAACUACACAUUACGCCUCAGAAAGAAGACCCAGGUCAAAACUCUGGGAGCAGUAAAGAGCGGAGAAAUCGUUCCUAGAUGGGAGAUUCCAAAACGAGACUCGGACAGUUUACUAGACUCUGAGAUUGAAUCGACAGCCCCGAUUCAGAACAGUUCCAAGUCCUACAUGACCUUCAGCUCCCUGAACUGUGAUACGUCCCAGCCUGCAUUGGAGAGCAGCCAGCAUGGUUCGGAGACAGAGGACAUGCUGUGGGAUGAUCUCCUCAAUGGUCCCCGGUGCCAUUCCUCAUACUCCAGUGAGAGUGAGUGUGAGGGUGUGCACAGACUGACUCGACCCAAGAAAAUACCCACGGAGGAGGCAAGCCAACAGAACCACUUGCAGUGGCUGUACAGCAGUAGCACGGCCUCCCAACGGGUCAGUGCUAUCGUCUGGGAAGGGAAUGACUGUAAAAAGUUCGAUAUGUCAGUUCUGGAGAUCAGUGAAAUGAUUAUGAAGAAGGCCAGCACCUUUGAGCAGGAGAAUGGGUACUGCAUCCUGGGCUAUUUUGUGACGAUAGUGCUUACCUUGCUGCCCUUCACAUUCCGCCUCUUUCAACACAAAGACAUUGAACAGCUGGUCUCAUCCCCUGUCUCUGAGUUACUGGCAGUAGCCUGUGGUGCAAGCCCUGACAGGCUGCUGGUCAGCCUGGUGCUCAUUAAUGUUAUCGAGCGCUUCUGUCUCACGUGGAUGGUUUUCUUCAUUCUCUGCGUAGCAGAGAAAACAUACAAACAGCGAUUCCUGUUUGCUAAGCUGUUCAGUCAUUUGACAUCAGCAAGGAAGGCUCGUAAGUCCGAGAUCCCUCAUUUUAGGCUGAAGAAGGUACAGAACAUUAAGAUGUGGCUGUCACUGCGCUCCUACCUCAAGAGGCGGGGCCCACAACGCUCGGUUGAUGUCAUUGUUUCAUCAGCAUUCUUACUCACCCUGUCCAUCGCUUUCAUCUGCUGUGCUCAGAUCCUCCACGGCCACAUGAGCUUUCUGGAUUCACUCUAUAACUGGGAGCUACUGAUCUGGGAAGCAGCCCUGGCAAUUUUCCUGUUAAGGUUGGUGACACUGGGCUCAGAGGUCAGCAGGAAAUACAAUAAUGUUUCGAUCUUGCUCACAGAACAGAUCAACUUGUAUUUAAAGAUGGAAAUGAAACCCAACAAGAAGGAACAGCUCUCCAUUGUGAAUAACGUGCUGAAACUUGCCACAAAAUUAUUGAAGGAGCUGGACUCCCCAUUCCGGGUGUACGGACUGACUAUGAACCCGUUGCUGUACAACAUUACACGGGUCGUCAUCUUGUCUGCAGUGUCUGGAGUGAUCAGUGACCUGCUCGGCUUCAACCUCAGGCUUUGGAAGAUUAAGUGAUCUUGGGCUUUGAGUGGAGUCUCAGGAAGAGUCGUCAGCAGGUUGCUGAGACGGUGUCAAAUUUGCUGGGGAGGCUGGUUUGGGGAAUUUCCACUUCGGUUCCUGUGCCCUUAACAAUGGAUAGGGAGACACGAGGGCAGAAAUGGUCAAGUAAACUCCAGGGACCCAUUUAGUAUUUUUUUUUCGUCUGCCCUCACCAGCCAUGUCCAGGUACUCCUGCAAGCCUUUUCCAAACAGGCAGUAACAAAGAGAUGCAGCAGAUCUGAGUAAAUGAAUGUGGAUACAGCAUCUCUCAGUUGGUUAAAAACGAUUGUAUUUCAAUCUUUUCCUUGGUUCUGACAGAAGGUUGUCUCAACCUGAAACCUGAACUGCUUUUCUUGCUCCUCUUUGUUGGUGCCUGACCACCUGAUUUUCUGUUUUUAAUUGCACAACUCUUUCCUUAACUUGUAACAUUUCCCCCAGGUACAGGUCUGAUUACUCCCUCAAAAGCUGGAACUGAAGGCUGACGUUGUAAAAUAUUAUACCCAUGCUGCUGCUAAAAUCAUGUAUUUUAUCAGGGAGUUGGUCAGUGUGUACUCUUUGAAUCAAUCUAUUUUUCUGCUGUGUAUAACUGUAUAAUUUAUUUC